AUGUCUCGUUCAACUGAGACUGAAGCUCCACUGUUCCCAGACACCACACAGUGGUAUGGGCUCACUCCCCCGAUCAGUGAGGAUCUGCCUGAAGAGGCUGACUUGAUCCACACCGCAUCCCUGACUGAGAUUUUGAAAUCUAAUGAUGUAUUUGAGGACCACUUGGAGCUGCAACACAGAGAGAGAGUUGUGAAACGACUGGAGUCCCUCUAUAAGGAAUGGCUCAAAGAAAUGUGUGUCCAAAUGAACGUACCUGAAACAGUCACCGCACACGUUGGCGGCAAGCUGGUCCCGUUUGGCUCCUAUCAUCUGGGGGUUCACUCAAAAGGAGCUGAUAUCGAUGUCCUCUGUGUCGGACCCGGUUUCCUGGAGAGGAAAGACUUCUUCACCUCCUUCUUUCAAAAGCUGAAAGCUCACGAGGACGUCAAAGACAUACGGGCCAUUGAAGAGGCGUAUGUCCCCGUCAUCAAACUGUCCUUCGAUGGAAUUGAGAUUGACUUAGUGUUUGCCCGGGUGCAACGCAAAAGCGUCCCUGACAACCUGGACCUCCUCGACAACAACUUGUUGAAGGGUUUAGAUAAACAGUGCGUCAAGAGUCUCAACGGCUACAGAGUCACAGAGGAGAUCCUCAGGAGUGUGCCCAACGUUUAUAACUUUAGGCUCACCCUGAGAGCCAUCAAGCUGUGGGCCAAACGCAGGAACGUCUACUCCAACAUGCUGGGCUUCUUGGGUGGUGUCUCAUGGGCCAUACUGGUAGCCAGAAUCUGCCAGGUGUACCCAAACGCAACACUGUCCACCCUGGUGACCAAGUUUUUCAAGGUCUACAAUAUGUGGGAGUGGCCGACCCCGAUUCUGCUGAAGAGAGCAGAUGACUGCCACUUCAACCUCCCUGUGUGGGAUCCCAGGGUUAAUGUAAGCGAUCGCUUCCACCUGAUGCCCAUCAUCACCCCAGCAUUCCCGCAGCAGAACACCGCAGUCAACGUGUCUCCCUCCACCCUGACCAUCAUCACAGAGGAGAUCGAACGUGGCUUUGCCAUCACAAAAGAAAUCCAGCAGCAGAACACAGACUGGACCAAACUCUUUGAGAAACCAGACUUUUUUGAGAAAUACGAGCACUACAUUCUGCUGGAAGCUACGUCAGCUACAGAGACACAGCAUCGUGAAUGGGUUGGCCUGGUGGAGUCUAAAAUCAGACUCCUGGUGGGACGUCUGGAGAGAAAUGUCAACAUUUCCAUGGCCCACAUUCAACUGCAGUCCUUCCCUGGACCAAGAAACUGCAACAUCAAAGGCAGAAUGAGCACCAAGUGGCUGAUCGGACUGCUCUUUGAUAUGAAUGGGUCUAAACACCUAAAAAUAGACCUGACCCUCGACCUCCUCUCCUUCAGUGAUACAAUCUACAGUCAGGCAAAGAGCUGUAAGAUGUACAAGGAGGAGAUGACCGUAUCGGCCACCUACAUGAGCAGGAACAGUCUCAGCUGGGAGAUGCCUAAUGGAAAGUGCAAAAGCGUUUACAAUCCAAAACUGAAGCCCACAGCGAGCCGCCAAGUCUCUGCCACUGCAACAGCGAGUCACACACCAGCUGUCAGCGCAGACCCGGCAGCCACAAAGAGAAAAGGCUGCUUUGAGUCUGAGAUGCCAUCCAAGAAGGCCAGAAUUGACACAGAAUCUGUGUCUACGGCUAAAGGCUCAGCUGUUCGACCACUGGCGCCCAGCAAACCUGCCCCACCAACCACGACUCCACAGGCCAAAAAGAGACCUCGUUCUCCUCAGUCAACUUCAUCUAAGAAGUUUAAAGCUGACGAGGAGCCAGCCAAAGCCACCUGCUCUCAGUCCUCUGCAGGUGUCGCACCAGGUGUCUCACUCAGUCAGAGAUCUCAAAGUGCAAUAUCAGGAGGCACCAAGAGAAAGCGCUCUCCUGAGCCUGAGACACGCAAUGUAAAGGCCAAAGUUGACCUGAGUCCACCCACUGAAGAGCUGUCAGGGCUGAUUACUGACUAUCUCAAGCCUGUUUCAACUGUAAGACGAGCCAUCAAGCUCCAGCUGAUCAGAAGGCAUAAACGACUCAGCUCCUGA